AUCGACAUGACUGCGCAUAUAAAAACUGCCGGUACUGAAAAUCUAUAGUUCACGUUACGUGUACUAUAGAUUUUCAGUACUGGCAGUGAAUUACGGAACGCAACCUAAUUGUAGGGAACAGCUGCGGAGUGCGGAGUAGCAAGUAUUAUAAUCUGAAAUUAAAUCGAUUAAUUCUAAUUGUAAAUAAUUAGCCCACGAUUACGUAGAAUAACUUCACGAUCGUUGUAUAACAUAGUAUACGAUUUAAAAAUGCAUUUACACUUUACAUUCAUGUAUCGAUAUAUACAAGAGUAUAUCAAAUUUACAUAUGCAAAUAAAAAGUAUUGUCUUUAAAGUAGAACGAUAUGCAUAUCGUUCGAAUUUCGCAAUUCUCUUCAAUUGACCGCGCUACGCUGCCCUCGCCUAUCAGUAAAUUAUCACUUACAAGCAUAUAUCUGAUAUAUGUAUAUAGUGCAUGUAUAUAUACAUGGACACAUUACAAAUCUCGUUAGUCUUGUUCUUUUAGUUACCGUGAGAUAUCAGUAAAGGUUGAAAGUUGUUUUUAUAUUAAUUUUGUUCUUACAUAAGUAUAUAUGUAAAUUUGUCAACUAAUGGUUUAUUGAUCCAUCACGAAAUUACCAACAAUUCCAAUAGGGUGUUACAUCUAAUUUGUUCUUUAAUUAAGCUAUGAAUGUAUGUGAAGAACAUCUUAACGUAACGAUAGAUGAAAGUGAAAUUAUUAUUGGUGCCAAAGACAUUAUAAAGAGGAUUAGACCAUCCUGGCCUUUGCAACACCUGCAUUUCAAGGUAUUUACUGAUGGAAGAACAAACAAAUUGAUAGGAGUAUGGCAUUCGGAACAUUAUACAGAUAUGGUCCUGAUUAGAAUUUAUGGCAAUAAUUCGGAUUUACUGAUUGACCGAAAAAGCGAAAUAAAAAAUAUCCGGAUAUUAAACAAGGCUGGCUACACUCAUUGCAUUUAUGCUACAUUUAACAAUGGAUUUGCCUAUGAAUUCUUAGAAGGUGAAACUUUGACCACUGAAACAGUAAGGAAUCCAAAAGUAUAUCCAUUAAUUGCGAAACGUAUGGCUGAAAUGCAUAAUCUUGAUUCUGAAAAUGAGUUUAUACCAAAAGAAGCUUUUAUUUGGGAAAAAACGAAGAAAUUUAUGGAAAUUAUGCCUAAAAGAUUUUCCGAUUCCCUCAAGCAAGCAAAGUUUGAAAUGUUGAUACCAUCCUAUGCGAUAUUGGAGAAAGAAUAUCAGAUAUUGAAAAGUACACUUUCCCGAGUGAAUAAUCCCAUAGUGUUUGCUCACAAUGAUCUUCUACUAGGAAAUAUAUUGUACAAUCAAAAACAAUCGAGAGUCGUUUUUAUCGAUUAUGAAUACACUGCACUAAACUAUCAAGCGUUUGAUAUAGCUAAUCACUUUGCGGAAUUCGCCGGUUUUGACGAACCAGAUUAUUCUUUAUAUCCGGAUAAAAAUUUCCAAAAAAUGUGGUUGAAAGAAUAUUUGCAAGUGUAUAACGCGACAACUAACGUGUCCGAAAAAGACGUUGAUGAAUUAUAUUGGCAAGUUACUCAAUUUGCUCCCUUGCCACAUUUUUUUUGGGGCUGUUGGGCUAUUAUCCAAAGCGAGCAUUCAAAUAUUGAGUUUGAUUUUUUGGCAUACGCUGCAAUACGUUUCAACGAAUAUUUUCGAUGGAAAGAAGAAAUCUCUAAGUUGAAAACAGAAUAUGACGAAUGAAACAAUGGCAUGUUUAAAAAAUGCAUAGAAAUAACAUGGCAUUUUCCAAAAUAUGCAUUCCCGUUGAAAUAUUUUGUCUCAAUUGUAUAUGUUGGCAAUUGUAUUAUACAAUGUAUGUAUAUGUAUAUUCUAUUGACAUGCAUAAUGUGUACAUUAUGUAUUCAUAUGUGAUAUUAUCUGUGGAUAACUGUGGCCUAACAUGACCAAUAUUUUAUAUAUUGGUGCUGCUAGUGUGCAAUAUAUGUGUACAAAUAUAUGCAUCUUUAUAUGAAUGCAAUAUAUUAAAAUAAGCAGGAGACAAGAUUGGAAUAAUUUUUAAUUUAAGUUUUCUCUAUACAUAAAAUUUGUCAAAAUACUAAGAUUGUCAAUAUUAAACCAAAUUAUAUUAAUAUUGUACCCUCGAUGAUAAUUCUAACAAUAGGUAAAUGAAAUCGAUUUCAUUAUUAGAUAGUGUUAUCUCUAACAAUGAGUGGCGAGUGACUAAUAUCGAUUUAUGAAGAUAUAUAAAAUUGAUUGAAGAUAACAGGCUUUAGUCGAUGACUUAUUAAAUGGAAAGUAUAGGUACUCUUAUGUAAAAAUCGUA